AUGGAGGACACUCUAGAAAGACACAGUUUCAAGGUCUUCAAUCAAGACUUUACCGUGGACAAGAGGUUUCAGCUCAUCAAGGAGAUCGGACACGGAGCAUAUGGAAUUGUGUGCUCCGCGAGGUUCGCCGAAGCAGCGGAAGAAACAAAUGUGGCGAUCAAGAAAGUGACUAACAUAUUCGCUAAAACGCUGCUCUGCAAAAGGUCGCUACGAGAGCUGAAGCUGCUGCGGCAUUUCAGAGGCCACAAAAACAUUACGUGCCUGUAUGACAUGGACAUUGUAUUCUCUUCGGAUUCAUCUUUCAAUGGACUGUAUUUAUAUGAAGAGCUCAUGGAGUGCGACAUCCAUCAAAUCAUAAAAUCUGGCCAAUCAUUGACAGAUGCACAUUAUCAGAGUUUCAUAUAUCAAAUAUUAUGUGCCCUCAAGUACAUACACUCGGCCGACGUUUUGCAUAGAGACUUGAAGCCUGGGAACCUACUAGUCAAUGCAGAUUGCCAGCUGAAGGUCUGUGAUUUCGGCCUAGCGAGGGGCUAUUCGGAAAAUCCAGUUGAGAACAAUCAAUUUUUAACAGAAUACGUUGCAACUAGGUGGUAUAGAGCCCCUGAAAUUAUGUUAAGUUACCAAGGCUACACAAAGGCGAUCGACAUAUGGUCUUGCGGCUGUAUUUUGGCAGAACUUCUUGGCGGAAAGCCUAUCUUCAAGGGUAAGGACUACGUGGAUCAACUCAACAGAAUUCUACAAAUUUUGGGGACCCCUCCUGAGGAAACUUUAAAACGUAUUGGAUCAAAAAAUGUUCAAGACUAUAUACAUCAGUUGGGCUAUGUUCCUAAGGUACCUUUCAAGACCUUAUAUCCACAAGCCAACGCUCAAGCCUUGGACCUUUUAGAGAAAAUGCUCGCAUUUGAUCCACAAAAGAGAAUAACGGUUGAAGAGGCACUAGAACAUCCCUACCUCAGCGUAUGGCACGACCCCGCCGAUGAACCUGUGUGCACUGAGAAGUUCAACUUCAGCUUUGAAUCAGUAAAUGAAAUGGAUCAGUUAAAACAAAUGAUUCUUGAUGAGGUUCACGAUUUUAGACAGUUUGUUAGACAGCCUUUGAUGGAAGAGGAACAAGCGCAGCAUGAGCAACAACUAUUGGAACAACAACAACAACAACAACAGCAGGCGCAGCAUGAGGAGCAACGUAAGAUGAAACAAGAGCAUGAGAAACAAGAUCAACAGCAGCGGGAGCAUGCUCAAAAUGUUAUGACAGCAGGCCGUUAUUUAUCGGAUCAGUACCAGGAUGGCUUUCGGCAAUCAGAACUCUUCUCGCAACCAGCGAGUGCUUCCGCAGACUUGAAUGACCAGUUUCUUGGCAUACAUUCCGGAAAUUUGCCUGGACACGACGCUGACUUUCCUCCAAGGCCUCAAGAAAAUUCCUUGGUCUCGCCUUUGGGCAGAUCAUCACAUCCACUUGAGUCAGGCGGCUCAUUUGAUGACUGUCUAGAUCUUGAGAAGGAACUAGAAUUUGGUCUCGAUCGCCAAUAUGCAUAA